AUGGGUAGUUUUCCCAAAAUUGCCUUCGAAAAGGAACUGCACAGAAAAUACCUCAAUAGAUUUUUACACGGCCAAAUCCCUUCGUAUUUAGCCAACAUGGACACAACAAGGUCGGUCCUAAUGUAUUUUUGCAUAGCAGGCCUAGACAUCCUAAACGAAAUAGACCACAUACCUCAAGAACGUAAAGACCAAAUGAUAGAGUGGGUUUAUAGCUUGCAAGUAUCCAACAAUAAGGAAUUAGUUAGCGGUUUUCAAGGGUCUACUACAAUGAAUACCAGAGAAGUGCCCUCAAAUGAAAUGCCAUACGAAUGGGGGCAUAUUGCAACCACCUACUCGUGUUUAUUGACUUUAUUAAUUCUAGAAGAUGAUUUGAGUAGGGUUAAUAGAAAAGAGAUUAUAAGAAGCUUAAAAGCGUUACAAUUAGAGGAUGGUUCAUUUACAGCUGCUAUACAAGGUGCAGAAAGCGAUAUGAGAUUUGUUUUUUGUGCUGCCAGUAUUUCAUAUAUUUUAAACGAUUGGAGUGGCAUUGAUGUUGACAAAAUGGUGGAGUUUAUUCUAAAAAGCAUAUCUUAUGACGGUGGUAUAGGGCAAGGCCCCAAUUUGGAAAGCCAUUGUGGGUCGACGUUUUGCGCCAUUGCCUCUUUGUCGCUCAGUGAUAAUUUACACAGGUUGUCUAGUCAGCAAUUUUUGAAUUUGCGACGUUGGUUAUUGUUACGGUUAGAUACAGGUUUCAAUGGUAGACCAAACAAACCAACAGACACGUGCUAUUCCUUCUGGACCGGUGGCGCACUCAAAAUCCUAGAAGCAUAUCAAUUCAUUGACUCAGAACAAAAUCCUAACUUCGUCCUUAUGACUCAAGACAAAUAUGGUGGCUUUUCAAAGUGGGUCAAUAGCACUGCGGAUCCGAUGCACACUUACUUCGGCUUGGCAGGUCUCAGUCUUAUGGAUUAUGGCGGUUUGAACGAAAUGUUUCCAAAGCUGAAUUGCACGAGACGGGUGCACGAACGUUUAGUAAUUCUACACACUCAAUGGAAAUAA